AACUGCUCCUAAAACGGCUACCGAGUGGCGUGCGCUUGCUUCUUGUCAUUACAUCCCUUCCCGWCAGAGCUGUGCUGACCGCUCCUCGCAGUUUUAGCUUGUGAACGACUGCUCCGGGUGGUAAAACGCUCAGCGGCAUGCCGGUUUGUGUUUUUUCAACGAGCUUAAUUUUUGAAAUAUGACUCAGCGUAAGAGAAUAAUCAAGCUUGCCAGCAUCUGGUGCGUGUGAUCUGUAAGGAGGCAGCAGCGAAGAUGGAGCUGCCCGACGGCUCGUUGCUGCCGGUCAGCAAUGGAGAGCAGUGGUGCAACAGCUGGAAACAUCCCAACGAAGACCCUGACCGCAGCACCAGUCCGUCGGUCCUGCGCUCUUGUGCCAUGACGUGGAAGGAGGGCCUGCUGAACAGAAAGCGGCCAUUUGUGGGCCGAUGCUGUCACUCCUGUACACCUCAGAGCUGGGAACAAUUGUUCAACCCCAGCAUUCCAUCUCUGGGCCUCCGAAACGUCAUCUACAUCAACGAGACCAACACGAGACAGCRGGGCUGGUUGGCGCGCAGGCUCAGCUAUGUGCUGUUCGUUACGGAGAGAGACGUCCACAAGGACAUGUUCACCAGGAACGUGGUCAACAAUGUGCUCAACAGCAGCAGGGUGGAGUCCACCAUUUUGAAGGUUGCAGCAGAGUCGGAGGCUGCGGUCAGCCAGCCGGUCAGUAAAGUGAAGCAGAGAGCCAGAGCCGUCCUCCAAGAGAUGGUGGCCAACGUUUCCCCGCCGUUCAUCAGGCUGACUGGGUGGGUUCUCCUCAGGCUGUUCAAUGGCUUCUUUUGGAGCAUCCAGAUCCACAAAGGACAGCUGGAGAUGGUGAAGAAAGCUGCCGCAGAGCGAAAACUGCCCAUGGUUUUUCUCCCAGUCCACAAAUCCCACAUCGACUACCUACUCAUCACGCUGAUUCUGUUCUGYCAUAACAUCAAGGCGCCCCACAUCGCGGCAGGAAACAAUCUCAGCAUCCCGAUCCUCAGCACUGUGAUUCGUAAACUCGGUGGAUUUUUCAUCCGGCGGAGAAUGGAGGAGACMGCGGAUGGAAAGAAAGACAUUUUGUACAGGUCGCUGUUGCAUACAUACACAGAGGAGUUACUGAGGCAGCAGCAGUUUUUGGAGGUCUUCCUGGAGGGUACGCGGUCCCGCAGCGGGAAGCCGUUUCCACCCCGCGCCGGCAUGCUGUCCAUCGUGGUCGACACGCUGCUCACAGGGGCAAUCGGAGACAUGCUGGUCGUGCCAGUUGGCAUCUCGUAUGACCGCAUUAUUGAAGGCAACUAUAACAGCGAGCAGCUGGGUAAACCUAAGCAGAAUGAGAGUUGGUGGGGAAUAGCGUGUGGAGUGUUUCGGAUGCUAAGGAAAAACUAUGGUUGUGUUCGAGUUGAUUUCAACCAGCCCUUCUCCCUAAAGGAGUACCUGGACACCCAGAGGAGCCGUCACGUUCCCCCUCCUGUGUCCCUGGAAAACGCCUUGAUGCCAUACAUCAUUUCUGCACAGGCUGAUGGUCAGUUUGAUGAGCAGGAAGAGGAAGUGAUGGACAGAGAAGUCCCAGACGAACUCUUUAGACGACAUGUCAUCAACAACCUGGCCAAGCACGUCCUCUUCACUGCUAAUAAAUCAUCAGCGAUUAUGUCGACUCACAUUGUGGCCUGUCUGCUUCUGUACCGACACAGACAGGGGGUUGCUUUGACCAAGCUGGUGGAGGACUUCUUCAACAUGAAGGAGGAGAUCCUGUCCCGGGACUUUGACCUGGGUUUUUCAGGCGACUCCGAGGACGUGGUCAUGCGUGCGCUGCACCUCCUGGAGAAAUGCAUCAACGUGACCGGCAGCGCCAACCGCAACGGAGAGUUCACCAUCGCAGCCUGUCAGACCGUACCCGCCCUCUUCGAGCUCAACUUCUACAGCAACGGCCUUUUCCACGUCUACAUUCCGGACGCCAUCAUCGCCUGCAGCAUCCUGUCCCUGCAGCGAGAUCUCAUCUCAGAGUCUCCUCACCAACCGAGGGACUGCAGCAGCCUCCUGCUCAGUCAGGAGCGUCUCAUCCACAAGGCGGCAGGUCUCUCCCACUUCCUGACCAACGAGGUGGCGGUGGCACCACCCUGCCAGACUAUUUACCAGGUUUUGAACGAUGCAGUGACCCGACUCAUCCAGUGUGGGGUCCUCUAUGUGGCUGAAGAGGACCAGGAGGAAAUGAACUCCAGCCCAACCGAGGAACCCUGGCCUAAGAAGUUCUCCGAGCCGCUCUCCUGGAGAAGCGACGAAGAGGACGAAGACAGCGACUUUGGGGAGGAGCAGCGAGAUCGCUACGUGAAGGUGAGCCUGGCAGCAGAGCACCAGGAGUUCUUCAUCUUCCUUCAGCGCCUGCUCAGUCCAGUGCUGGAGGCCUACAGCGGCGCCGCCGUGUUUGUUCACGGCUUGAGUCAGCCGAUGCCUGAGUCCGACUUCACCCUGAGGCUCUUCAAAUACCUGCUGACACGGACCGAGAGAGGCGUGGCUGCUUAUGGUGAAAGUGCAACUCACUAUCUGGUUAAGAACACGGUGAAGACAUUCAAAGAGCUCGGGGUCCUGAAGGAACGACGAGAAAACCGGGUGUCGGUCCUGGAGCUCAGCAGCACCUUUCGACCUCAGGCCAACCGGAAUAAACUCCUCCAUUACAUCUUAAGCUUCACGCUUCUGUGACUGGGGAACCUUUCAGACCCCCCUCACCUUUACAAAGGGCUUCUACUGGUUACUUCGAAACAAUCCCAGGUGCUAGUCUGCGGAAAGCUUUACCGGGAAGUGCCUUCACGCGUCGGCCGCUAACUCUCCGCUGUCAGCUGGAAGAGACCUGAAGCCAGUCUUCCUCCUUUUCUUUCCAGCCGGAAGAGGUACCUCCAGGAAUCCCCACGUUUUUUUUUUUUUUGGUAACAUUGCCAACGUAGUUUAAAUAUUUUGACCUGGUCAAAGAUUUUAAUUGUGUGUAUAUAAGAAGAAAACGAUAACAUCAAUCUGAAAAGAAGAAAGCUACCUUUGCAUAGGAAGUGACAAACAAAUAUGUUGAUUCUUUCUGCUUGUAUGUAAAAGCUGCUAAAAUGUCUUUAGUGCACUCUAGUAUCGACUAUAAGGAAAAUAAAAAUGUAGUUUGUCUUCAAAAGCAAAUUCCUGUACAUACGUCUCGGUUGUAGUGUAAAAAAAAAAUGCGCACAAUCUGGGGAGUCGAUUAAUGUUUUCGGCGUCCCAGUCGCAACGUGUAAAUAUUCUGAUAUUUCUUGAGGAGAAACGUGUUUAAAUCUCUCGGUACCGCUGAGGUCAGCAGUUCUGUACAGUUUCUGGUUUCAGUUAUCGAAGCAUUCAGCUGCAAAAUCGUUCAGAUGUACAGAAAUACAGAAAGUGCCUCUCAAUAAGUCAGUGUCUUUGUAAAGUCCAUUUCUUUCAGUAAUUUAGCUCAAAAAGUGAAAUAUAAAUUAGUUUCACACAGUAAUGUUUUGCUAUAAGCCAAGAUCUUCAAAAUGAACACCACUUAGUUUCACUUUUUUAAUCGAGUUACUGAAAUAAUCCGACUUUUCGAUGAUUUACUCAUUUACUGAGAUGCACCUGUAUGAACUGAUCGUAUGCAAUCAGCAGUUAAGUGCAUUUAAUCCACUGUUCUCUUAAGUGCAUUCGGUUACACUUUUAUCAAGACUUUAAAUCAUUAAUAAUCCUUCUGCAGCAACUGUUCAAUGAAUGUUACGUCACGCAGCACCAGCCAUCACAUCAUCUAAACGCAGCCACCUCAGAAACUCCCUAAAACGGGAAUAUCUAAUCCAACACAGCAGAUUCUUCCAACGACGCGUUACUGAAGGAGCUCCUCCGUUUGUGAAAAUGUCACAUGGAGAAAUCAUGAACCGGCCUGUGGAAGAGGGAUGGCGAGAAAUAAAAAGGUCAUGUUAAUGUUUUAGGUUGUUGGAUGAAAUCAUUGCCACUAACACACGUUCAGCUGCCCAGUUAAAUCCAGAGCAUUUCUACAUUUCGCUCAGAUUAGAGAGUAAAAAAGGAAAAAAGAGACAAACAAUUCAGCUUAAAGCUAAACUGUACUAUAUCGCUGCAUGUAAGUGCAAAACAAUCCGUUUUUCUGUUCAUUGUGAGAUGAAAAUGUGAAUAUAUUUGUUUUCCCUUACUAAUUCAGAAAUUAACUAGUUUUUGAAUUUGAAAUUKAACGGCUGUGUAAAAUAUCCUCCGUGUUGGCCUGCGUGUUUGCAUGUUCGCAGGCUGAAAGAGGGAAAAGUUUGUUUUUUUAUUAUUAUUAUUAUUAUUACAAGGUCAAAGGAAGUUUAAAUCAUUGUUGUGGUUCUUGGUUUAGAGUUUAUAACGACUGAAUAUUUGUGAAAAGAGGCUUCAUCUUUGCUGGUUACUGUUUGUUUAAAUGUUUUUUCUGUGCGUGUUUGCAUUUUUUUGUUUGUUUUUUUUUGGUUUCGUUAAAGUCAGCUCUGCUGUAGGUGCAAAUGAAUCGUAUCUGUAGACUUCUUACAGGAAUCCUGCAGCGUGCUGAAGGACAGACCAGUAUGUGACGUCGAUGGGAAUGUGAUGCAAACUGGUGAAUGUGUUUAAAUGUUUCAAAUCUCCCUGUCGGCGUUUCUGAGCCUGCAGAGAUCGAACCACCGCACACGCCGCGCCGUGCGCUUCCUCCGGUCGCCGCUGCCUCUUCGGAUUGAACCGAACUCCACCUGAAAACGAUAUCUUACCUUAGGGAGAGCGAUCUGAACGAACAACUUAUUUAUUAGCGUAAGAGUUUAUGUGAGAAAAGGUGAAAAGCUCGGUUUGGGUUUUUGUGUUUGUUUGUGGGAGUUGAUGCUGCUGAAACUGCAUUACCAACAUCUCACGGUAAUAAUUCUUCUUCGAUGUUAAACAUGCCUGUUUAUGGGGAGCAGUUGCCUUUUUUUAACUCUCUGUAGUUUGCUUUGGUUUAGUUUUUUUCUGAUUUUGUUGCAUGUGAACAUUUUCCAUGUAGGAAUCUGAAACGAAGCUGUAGAUUGUAACCUUAACGGGAGAAAAUCUGAGGUUUCUGUGUGAGGAUCACCAGCUACCAACUGUUUUUAUUUGAUGUUGCUUUACUGAAGCAAAGCACAAAUGGCAUUAUUAGAUGAUGUUUUUAAAUAAAUUAACAAUAGAAUAACAA